AUCACUUUAUAUCUAAAUAUUUUAACACCAAGUAUUUUUACACAUUUCCUUAACACGAAAACUUCCUGACAUUCGGCCUCGAUUUCUUCAGUACUGCAUAGCGAUUCGGUUGAUCGAAAUAUAGAAAACAUUCACAACUGCAGGACCUGCAGCAGCUCAAAAGGAUCAGAGGUUUUUCCGAUCCUCCCUAAUCUGAUCAUCGUUUUUACUUGAUGUUGCUGGAAAAGUAGUCUAAAGCAUAAAUCAAAAAGCUGACGAUCAACUCAGUUUGCCACACAUCGACUAUACACAAUCAUGAGUUCGCGACUGCUGAUGGCCCGGUCAGUGGUGAAGAGCGUGAGCCACGACCUGAUCGGCCGUCUGGUUUUGAACCAGCGGCAUCUUGCAUCGAUAGCCUGUGCCGACGCCCAUAAGGGAGGAAAAGGACUCGUCCUGGGGCUGUACGAGAAGGAGGCGGAAAAGGGGCCACGUCUGACGCCAGCUGGCGAGAAGAUCGACGACCGUCUGAACGGCAAACUGAAUGAGCUGAUAUGCGAGACCAAGAUCAGUGGUCGCCUGGGGCGCGGCAAGGUUUUCAACAACAUCGACGAAGAGUUCCAGUCGGUGUGCGUGGUGGGCGUUGGUAUAGAAGGCAUAGGCUUCAAUGAACUGGAGAUGCUCGACGAGGGCAUGGAGAAUGUCCGCGUAGCCGCAGGCGUGGGUGCCAGGGCGUUGCAAGAAGUCGAAUGUAUUGAGGUCCAUGUGGAUAGCAUGGACUACCCGGAGCAGGCGGCCGAGGGCGCAUCCCUGGCCAUUUGGCGCUUCGAGGAGAAUCUGUCCAAAAAGUUACGCUCGAUCCAGCCCAAGCUGGAGUUAUUUGAUUCGCCCGAUACUGACUCUUGGACGAGAGGCCUCUUCAAGGCGGAGGCGCAGAACAUCUCACGCAGAAUCAGCGAGGCUCCGGCCAACUGCAUGACACCCACCGCUGUGGCACAGGUUGGUGUGGAUAUGCUCUGCCCGUGCGGCAUCACCGUGGAGGUGCGCACCAUGGAGUGGAUCGAGCAGCAGCGGCUGCACUCCUUCCUGAUGGUUGCCAAGGGGAGCUGCGAGCCUCCUGUCGUACUAGAGCUCGCCUACUGCGGCACCUCGCCCGAGGACAAGCCAAUCUUGCUGGUGGGCCAGGGCUUAACCUUUAAUUCGGGCGGAAUCAAUCUGCGUCCAUGCAAGGGCAUGGCUGAGUUUCGUGGCGAUGUAAAUGGAGCUGCUUCCAUCCUGGCGGCCAUGCGAGCGGCUGCUGCCUUGUCACUUCCCAUCAACAUAACGGCCGUCCUUCCCCUCUGCGAGAACAUGCCCUCUGGCAUGGCCGUCAAGCCAGGAGACGUGGUCACCCUCCUAAAUGCCAAGACCAUGGCAAUUCGAAAUAUGGACCGCGCUGGCGUAGUGGUCAUUGCGGAUCCCAUGAUCUAUGGCCAGCAGACAUACAAGCCGCGACUGGUUGUAGACAUCGGAUCCAUGUGCAAGGGCAUCAAGAAGGCCGUGGGCGGCGGUGCAACGGGUAUCUGGUCUAAUUCGCACUACGUCUGGAAGCAGUUCCAGAAGGCUGGGUCACUCACCGGAGAUCGGUUGUGGAGAUUCCCGCUGUGGGACUUCUACAAGCGCCGGGUGGCAAAUCACAGAAGUUUUGAUCUCUCGAACGAUGGUGAUGGGCUUGCCUCAUCUUGUCUGGCGGCUGCAGUGCUUCACGAGCUGGUCCCCUGCUCCGAUUGGGCUCAUCUGGACACGUUUGGCACAGGGCUAAUGUCGACGUACGGCCUGAUACCGUAUCUCCGAGCGGGCCAAAUGACAGGACGUCCCACUAGAACUUUGGUGCAGUUUCUAUACCAGUUGGCGUGUCCCGGCGAGUUCAGCUCUUGAUUGGAUGUAUAUUUGUUUUUUAGAUUUUCUAUAUUUUACCCGAAUCGACUUAUUCUGUCUAAUACGACAGAGCAGACAAGUACAGAGUACACAGAGUGAAUGUAUUGCAGUAUCUAAUGCAACAGACAAACACACAUACAAUAGCAAAAUCGAUGUAAAAGUAAAUUAUUAGUUUUCGACCUAGCACAAA